CGAUGCGGACUUUCUGCUGAUGGAGAUGUAUUUCUAAAUGGAAUCACCAACGGAGCAGAUUGGUAUCACCUAGCUGGCGGCAUGCAAGAUUGGCAGUACAUUAAUACGAAUUUGCUCGAGAUUACUGUAGAAAUGGGUUGUUACAAAUUUCCCACCAAUGACAUGAUGCCUAAGAUGUGGGAGGAGCACAAAUAUGCGCUCUUGUCAUUCUUAGAAAUGGCUAACACUGGGGUUUAUGGUCUUGUUCUUGACCCGAAUGGCAAACCAGCGUUGAAUGCAACAGUUGCGGUAGAGCAAGGUAAAUUGAUAACAGCCACGGAUCUUGGAGAAUUCUGGCGAAUGCUUUCACCAGGAAAGCAUAGACUCGUAGUGGAGGCUCCAGGAUUUGAGUCAGAUAUGUUCGAAGUAACAAUCGGUCAUGAGGCUGUACGCCAUGACUUUAAGUUGAAUGUCUGCGGCACUCGUUACGGGAAUGAGACGGUGUAUUUACGGGGAAACGGCAAUAUUCGUAUAGCAGUUAUCGGAAUCUCACCAAGGUUAUUUUUGAUAGAGUGGAGUUUCGUAAUGACCAUUAUUAAACCUUUUUGA